AUGUCGACGAGUCGGAAGGUACAGAGCGACAUCGAGAAAACGCUCAAAUUGAUGAAUGCAGGGUUUACGGAGUUUGAGGAGAUCCGGCAGAAGUUGGACGAGACUCCAGCAGGACAUCAAAAGGAGAAGGUUGAGGCGGAGCUGAAGCGGUCAUUAAAACGGCUUCAAAAGUACCGCGAGCAGAUCAAGGGAUGGCUUCAGACUGAAAUAAAGAAUAAGCGGACACUCGAAGAGGCAAAGCGUGACAUUGAAAUUCGAAUGGAGGCGUUCAAAGAAAUCGAGCGUGAGAGUAAGAUCAAACCCUAUUCCAUUGAAGGGUUGGCGCGCGUGAGCGAAAGUGAAGAGACGGAGGACGAAGAAGUGGAAACGACGUGGGUUGAUGAAGCUAUCGAGCGGUUAGAAGAACAGAUAGAAGAGCUUAAAAAAGAGAAAGAACCGGUCAAAAAGAAAAAGCAGUCCCAACAGAAGAAGAAUCAGUUACAGAAACGGAUAGAACUGAAUUCUAAACAUAUUGAAAAACUUAAGACAAUCAACGAAGCAUUCAAAUACGGGUUUUUAACGGAAGAAGACUUAUCAGAACUCCAAGACGAUGUUGAUAUGUACUUGGAACAAACGGGAACAAAUCUUGAAGAUAGUCUUCAUAUAUAUAACGGAUUUGACUUCCACAGUCUUACUAUGCAAAUUGAGGAAGAAAAGCAAGAACAGAUUGAAAAUGCCGAGCGGAAGAGGAAGGAGGAAGAAGAGGAACUUGCAAAGGAAGAGUUGAAGGAGAAGGAACUCGAAGAACAACAACGACUUAAACAACAAAGCGAGGUGCAACAACAAACAAGUCCAGUCAUUCAACAGAAACUGUCGCCAAAGCAACAAUCGCCAGCAGUCAAAGUCGAACGGAAAGUCACGAAGUCACCAACACCACAAGAAACACCAAAAACACCAAAGACUAAUGUCAAGGGGAAAGCGCAAGACAGCACGAAACUACAAAAGAAAAGUUCAAACGAGCAAGUCGAUACCGUCGAAGAGAAGAAAGAAGAGAAAGGACAAGUCGACGAAAAGACUUUGAAGACUCUCCAAGACAUCGAAUUCUCAUACACAAACAUGAUGAGUCAAAGCCCAACAAUUCAAAAGCAUACGCCCGCGAAAUCACAACUCCCCAAAUGGUUCCCCACUCAGGCGUCGGAAUUCAGUUUCACGUCAAACAAAAUCGACGACGAAUUUCUGAUGUUUUUGUUUUAUUACACACAAGGAACACCAUUACAAGCACAAGCCGCGGAACGACUACGUCAAAAGAAGUGGGUCUUUCACAAAGGGUACCAGAAAUGGUUCAGAAAGGUGAACGACAACGGCUUUACUUCUAACGUUUCUGAAAACGGCGACUAUUGCUGCUUUGACUUCGAGUCGUGGAACAUCGAGUCAAAAACACACUUCGCGUUCUUCAACAACUUCAUGGAAAAGUGA